AUAAAUUGUACGAAUAUUUUGUCAGUGUUAACUUUGGUUGGUGUUAGAUUUAUUUUUAAUGCGAUCGCGUUUAAAGUAAAAUAAAAAUUUAAGUGAAAAAUAUUUAUUUUCAAAAUAUCCUUUUAUUAUACACAAAAAUAGUUAUACAUACAAAGCGCAAUAUACCAAUAAUUAAUAGGGGUGCAAAAUACACGAAGUGCGAAAAAUGAAAAAAAAAAUAUAAACAUAUAUUUUUUAAUAUUUGCAGAUGUCGCACCAUUCUCCUCUUCCUUCUGGAGAGGGAAUGGAGCAGAAAACUAUAUUGUCUUCGCCUGAAACGGGAGAAAAAAUGGAAAAACGCGGGCUAGCAAAUAAUCCAGUGAACGAAGGCAAUACUGAAUCCAACAAAUUGAAAGGUAGCGCCUUUUGUAAUUUCAGAGAUACAAUUAUUAUAAGUUCAUGCGGCAGUGGUUUAAGUAACGAGUCAACGGGUCCCGAAAAUGAUAUUCUUUCAGAACGUUUUAAUGCUGCUGCUCCUGUUAGGAUUAAAACAGAAAACAAUAUGUCAAUAAAUUCAAGUCCAAAGAAUGAACAACAAGUGAAUUCUUCUGUUAAUAUUGACAACGACUCUGAUAUUAUAGUUGUCGAUGUUGAAGAUGAAAAAAUAAAUAUAAUCGAUUCUGAAAGCCCUGCUGUGGUCAAUAUGGAAAGUCAAAAUAUAGGAGCUAGUGAGAAUUUAGAUACAAGUGCUGCAAUUGAAAUCUCCAGCUCCAACUACAAUUCUUUGCGUAAAUUUUCACCAUAUCGUACCGGAAUGUCCAUAAGCAUUAGCCAAAGAAAACCAAUUGAAAGAGCAAAUAAAAGUAGAACAGAUUCAACAGGUGACUUUCCGGUCAGUGAUUCUUCGUGUCAAGGUAAAAGAAAACGACGUUUAUCAACAGACUUAUUUGAAUUUCGUCUCAUACAAUUGGAGCAUUUACGUCUAAAUAUUCGAGAUAAAAUAGAAGCAUGGAAUUCCUCUGAUGUUGUUAGUGAUAUUGAAGACGUGAUUAAUUUCGAUAAAGAUUUUGAGAAAUACGAAGUUGAAAGACGUAAACUAAUUGAAACUGGAUCUAUGCCUACAGAUUUAAAAGAUUUUAGAUUGUAUUCAACGACUAUUAACGAUAAAUCAAACUUACAAGAUAACAAUCCAGAACUUCCUAGCACAUCUGGUGUUACAAAAAGGCAAAAGUUAUUGCAAGAAGCUAACGAUUAUAGAGCUAGAUUACAAGAAACUGGACACUGUGGUAAACCGUCCUCAUAUGAAGACUCAACGUCAACUGAGGGUAGAGCCCAAUUUGCCCGCAAAAAGCGUACAAAUGUCCAAUUUAUAACUCAAGUGAAUGAAAAUGGUAAACAUCCUGCAAUUAAAGAAAACACAAUUGAAGAUAAAAAUGCUAAAAAAUAUACAAAUACAAAUACAACACCUGCAGAUAAUUGCAAUAAAUGCGAUAAUAACAUAGCUCUUGUUUCUAAACCAACAGGUCUUAAUAAUAAUACAAAACGCCUCAUUGAAACGUUCUGGGAUUUUACAAAAUUUAAAGAAAAUUUCAAUUUAAAAGAACAUGCUGACCAAUUGUUUAAGUCCCGCAAAGGAUCAAACUCAAAUGACUUCAGUGGCAGUGAAAGCAACCAUAAGGACAGCAAUAGCGACGAUAGUACUGCAGAUUAUAGUAAUGAACUUUCAACAUCACUUAGUAAUGAACACCAACAACAAGAAUUUUAUACUUAUUUAGGCCUGACUGACACGUCAAAUAUGAAUGCCAUAACAAGUGCGAGCGCUGAACUGGCAACUAGUCAUCUACAACGUCGUUCGCUUCGCGUACGACGUAUGCAGUUAGAUAAGGAGAAAAAUAUGACUAAGGACAAGAAGUCUUAUAAAAUAGCGCGUCCAAAUAAGUCAAGAAUAAAAAAAGCUAAAGAUAAGCAAAAGAAAGAAAAAAAUAAGAAAACUCCAACAGUACCAAAACCAUUUAAUAUACCUAAUAAUCGUGAAGCCAAAAUAAAGAUAGAAUACCACUUUUCAUCUAAUGACAAUACGGACAAUAGCAAAAGUCAUUCAACUACGCCACUUACAAUCCCUCAUUUAGAAAGUGAACAAAAAAUCGUCAGAAAAUCUACACCAGAAUCAUCAACUUGUCCACGUUCAUCAUUUAGUGACAGGGGUGGAGGUAGCAUCAAAUCAGAGUACUAUCGUGUACAAAAUGGUUAUCGAUUACUAGUGACACCACCUUUUCCAACUACCAAAAAGAUAAAGCUGUUUCCGCGCCCACUACAAUGUUGCCAGGGUGAUUGUAGUGGAUAUUUGCCAAAUAUGAAUAAUGUAACAUUACGCAAUUCUAUCUUGCCAAUAUCUCAAAAUAUAAGUUUAAAAAAUUCACGCUUAUUAUACCAAGUACAAAGAAGAGCAGUAUUUUCACGAACUCCAGAGACCUCUUGUACUCCAUCAUCAUUACAACCAAUUCAAAAAAAUGAUGUAAUGUCAGAAGGAUUGGACGAAAGUUCAUCCACUCAGAAUUCUACAAUAAAUUUAAAUAAUACGCCAGUAAAAAAAUUUACAGCUCUUGAUUUUGAAAGAAGUAUCGAUUUGUUACAAAAAAUUAUUCCUCAUGAACAAACCUACAACUGCUCCGAAUUAUUAGAUAAGGUACAAGCAAAGUAUAGACUCUUAGUCGCCUCCGUACAGAAUCAAGAAUCCAGAUCUAUAAUUGUGGAUCAAUUUUCAAGUACAAAAGAGGUACAUACAGACCCAAAGGCAAUAUCUGAUAUAAAUAAAACGGAAAUUGGGACACAAACUGUUAUACCUUCGCAGCAAUCCCUAUCAAAUUCGCCGCCGCCAAUAGAAAUACCUUCUAUAAGUGCAGCUAUCACACAUGAAAUACCAAAAGCUAAUACUACUGACUCUCCAACUUCAACAAAAAGUAAAACAAAUUUAGUAAAUGGUGUAGUCUCUAAACGUAACCCAAGAGCUCGAUUGUCAAAGCUAAUGACUUCUGGGCAUUUUAGAUUGAGUUUACAAAAAACGUUACGCAGUAGAAAAGUAAUAAUACUACAUAAAUUGCGUAAAAAUAAAAAAAAUAAAAAUAAAAAACCCGUUGAAGAAACUUUGAUUGCCACAUCAAAAAUGAUUGAACGUAGUUCAAGGGUAUCAGGUCGGAAUUCCCCUGAAAAUAAGUCAAUAAAUAAUAUUCAUAAAGAAACAGCGAACGCAACAAUUUUACUUCCUGAUGAAUUGCCAACGGCUAUUGAAGUUGAUACGUCUCAGGCGGUAGUCCAGAGCACAGAUGAUAAUGUUGUAGAAUUAUUAAAUGGAGAUACAGAUAAUUCGAUUGAAAUGACUAUUAACAACAACGUUAUAACAAAAGCUGAUGAAUUGAUGAUUAGUAAAGAUUCAUUUAUAAGCUCUGAUAUAAUAGUAGAGACAAAGGAUAUAGCAACUCAGUGCGAAAAUUGUGAACCUGAGUUACCUGUCAAAUACAUAACUCGUCCUCCACCUGAUCCAAAAAUUGAUAUAAAUAAUGAAAAGGGAAAAAUAUUACAUAUAUUCUUUGAAUCUGAUGUACUUGUUGUAGUACAGGAAAUUUUAGUCAGUUUUUGGAAAUACUCGAAAUUGGUAAAUACAUUAGUUGACUCAGUAGAUAUUUUGCAAAAUGUAAAUCAACAACAGCUUCAAACUACUGAUAAUAUUGAAACACAGAGCGUCCCAAAUUAUACAAAUACAAGUAAUACAAGUAAUGCUGCCACCUCAUUCGAAGAAAUUAAUUGGUUAAGGUUGGGUUGUAGUAAUCGAACUGUGAAUGAUACCGAAGUUAAAACAGUUGUUUCUAACCGUAUCUGCACAACGAUUACUAAUAAUACAAUGUACUUGGAAUUGCAUGGUAAAGGUAUCGAGAGUUCAUAUCGGACAUGUGAUCUCGUUUGUAUGUACAUAAAAAUAUAUUUUUAUAGUGAUGAGUUUGAUAGCGUGGGAGUGCAUCAAAUAAACUUGGAUACUUUACAAAGUCGAUUCGAUGAUAUUACUUAUACGUGCAUACCGGGUUCUGGAUAUUUUUUGGUGUCAUGGUAUCAACAGAAUGUUGCAGGAAAAAAUCGUUCCGGUAUAUGUAAAUAUGCUGUUUCACCGCUAAUGGAUAGUUUGGCCAGCAUACGUGACUUUAAAAAUAUAAAUUAUAAAAUAUUACAAUUACAAUGCUUAAAUGAAGAACAACUCGUUGGAUUUGGUAAAACUGUUGUAACGAUUUGGAAUCAUCGCAGUGGCGAUACACUAUUCAAUUAUGAUCUCAACUUAAAUUUGGGUUUUAAUUUAGGUGUAUUGUGCUUUAUGCAUACUGAAAGAGAUAAUAAUCGUAUGUUUGUAUUACUUCAACAUUUGUUAAAUGAUGAAGAUAAACCUGAAUUGCUAAUCAUAGCUUGCACCUUAUCAGAAUCAAAUCCGACACAUCGCAUUCUCAAGCGACUUCCGUUGUCGGAAGAAGACUUUGAUUGCAUUACAAAUGCAUCUAAAACAAGUGAAUAUAUCAUUGUGCAAGGUAAAUCAAAUGCUGAAUUAUGGAUCAAUUGUUUAAAUCCCAAUAUGUUAGUUUGGGUGCCGGCACCUAAAAAUGCACACCGUUUCUAUAGAAACGGACAGAAACAGGUGAUACAAUUUAAUGGUGAAAAUUUGGUAGUGGAUACAAUAGCGAAUUUAAUGCUAAAAUUGGCGACAUCCUUUGAUGCCAUUCAAGUUUAAAUAUAAAAUUUUUAACAAAAUUCUCUCAAUUUUCUAAGAAUUAUUUUUUUAAAUAUGCUAUGCUUAAAACUUCUAUAGCUAUAAAAUCAAAAAUUGAAUAGAACAGUUUUUAAA